CAAUAUACCACGUUUGUAAAUCAUUGCUAGCAGCAAGUGACAGGCAGGAGGGGGGUGAGCCCAGGUUAGAGAGGGGAAUCUAAGAGUUACUCUCACCUUCUAAGAAUGAAAACACUGAUUCAGACUCCCCCAGAACUAGUUCAAAAUCAAUACCCGUAAAGGAGCGUAUUCUUUAGACACUUCCCUUUUCUGGCAAAUCGCCCAUUUUUUUCUUUUUGAAUCACGUUGUUACCAGAACUAAUGCAUUUCCAGGAACGCGAGGGGCGGAGCUUGAACACAAUAUAAAGGCAGGCUCCCAGAGCAAGUCUGUUAGAAGGUAUCAGAGAGAUCGUGAUAAGCACCGUUCUAGAGAAGUCUGGCAACCGUCUGAUCGACCCACACACACAAACUUUAUCGACUUCUUGAAAUACAUUUAAAAGGGCAUUGAUCUGAAAGGAGCCAAGCAGACGGAGUGCCUCUGGACGUAAGCAUUUGUGUGGUUCACACACACACACACUGGCUCAGAGACUGUAAAAGAAAAUUACCUUGGGUCCUCUCCACUGCCGACCUGAAACAGCUUCAAUCCUCAGUUUUUUUUUAUUAAAGAAGGAUUUUACUGCGUUGAUUUAAACAGGAAUAAAAGAAGUUACAGUUGAAGAGGCGGGAAACCUAUCAACAAGCCACUUAUGCUUUAGCAGAAGUUUACAAAUUCUUCCUGAACUUCCAAUAUUUGGACGUAUCUGCAAUGGUAACAUACAGUAAGUUUGACGGGAUGAGCCGUCCUGUCGAUGUCCCCGCUCAAAGACUCUCUUACCGACUGAAGACGUUUUCAUCCAAAAACGAGUACAACUUAAUUGUGAACACUGUGCGGAAACUGAAAGAGAGUGGUUUUUACUGGAGUACAAUGAAUGGGGGGGAGGCGAACAUCCUCCUUAGUCCCGAGCCAGUUGGAACUUUUCUCAUAAGGGACAGCUCAGACAAUAGGCAUUUCUUUACCCUUAGUGUUAAAACGGAAUCGGGUACCAAGAAUCUGAGGAUACAGUGUGAGAACUGUUCAUUUUUCCUGCAAACGGACCCUAAAAGCACCCAAACCGUUCCUAAGUUUGACUGUGUGUUAAAAUUGAUCCACCAUUAUAUGCCUUCAAAGUCUACAGACUCAGGGAAUGUGAAGAGAGUUUAUUUCAUUUACUCUGGGGGUGACAAAAUUCCUUUGGUGCUCUCCAGACCUCUCUCAUCUAGUGUUUCAACACUGCAGCACCUGUGCAGGAAAACUGUAAACGGACAUGUGGAGGUAUCUGGUAAAGUUCAAGAUUUGCCUGUGCCUGUCAGACAGUUCCUCAAGGAUUAUGACGCUCCAGUAUAAUCCUGAAAUUGCCAUAUGAACUUUCGAAGAACCACAUAGCCUCUUGGCUGGAUAACUAAGCUUGAAGAAACAGAAACAUUUGCACUCAUUUUUUAUUUAUAAAAAAGUUUCAAUAAUUUAUAAUAAAAUGCACUAUUUUUAAUGACAACAAAAUUGCAUGCUUCGUUUCUGAA